UAAAAAUCCGGCAAUGAAAUCAUAAGAAAUCAAACUCAGGAAGAGAAGAGAAGAAAAUGGAGAAGCAGCAAAGUGAAGUUGUGUUGUAUGGGACAUGGGCUAGUGCCUACUGCACGAGGGUGCGGUUGGCCCUUAAACUCAAGGGCAUAACCUAUGAGUACGUGGAGGAGGAUCUAACCAACAAAAGCGAGUCCCUACUUCACUACAACCCUGUCCACAAGAAGGUGCCUGUUUUGGUGCACAAAGGGAAGCCCGUGGCUGAAUCGCUCGUCAUUCUCGAGUAUAUUGACGAUUGCUGGAACAAUUCCCCCAAACUAUUGCCCGAGGAUCCUUACCAAAGAGCCAAAGUUCGUUUUUGGGCCAAUUUUUAUGAUCAGAAGAUCUUCCCAAGCUCACACGCUGUCGCCUUGUCCAAGGGCAAAGAGCAAGUGAACGCCAUUAAAGAGUUCGAUGAGUUGCUUGGCGCGUUUGAAAAAGGCAUCGAGAAAGAUUUCUCAAUAAAAUUUCCUUUCAACGGUGAGACCUUGGGAUUUCUUGAUAUCGUUGUAGGCACACAUGCUUGCAAUUAUCGAGCUUUUGAAGAGGCUGUGACUGUGCUUUUUGACCCAAAAAAGCAUCCAGCUUUUCUAUGGUGGGUGGCUAAGCUGAAGGACAGCCCUUUGAUUAAGGAAACUCUCCCUCCACAUGACAAGCUGGUUGCCAAAAUCAAAGAGGUGUUUUUCCAGGCUCCAAAGGCUUAAUCACUAGGAAUAUAGCAAAUAUACGAAUAAAUCUACCGUUCAGUGUACGUGUACUUUGAAAUAAACAUCUACAGAGAUCCAAUGUGAGUUAACGUCACCAGCAUAUGCAGCCUGAGCCUGAUUUGAAAAUGACUCGUAUAUAUAACGUAGAAAUGCACUUUCAUGCCGCAA